UAUAUAUAUCUCACAAUCUUUUCUUCUUGUUCGUGAGAUUCAUCUUGCCGUGACUGUUCUAAUCUUUGGAGGGCAGUGUAGCGUCGGAUGUCGUCCACAUCCACUGGAGGAGACCAGUGUAAAUUUGAAAAGAAUUGUAGCUAAACGGGUGUACGUCAAGGACCAAAAGUCAACAAUGGAGAACUCCUCUGAUGACUACAGGAUCCAGUCGCUUGAUCUGGACACACAGGAGACAGCGGUAAAAGAUCCUAGUGCGGUGAACCUGGAAAAAGUUUCCCACAUCAUUGUGGACCAGUCGUUAAAAGACCAGAUUUUCAGCAAAGAGGCUGGGCGCAUCUGCUACACCAUAGUCCAGGCUGAAGCCAAGCAAAACAAUGGAAAUGUCUUCAGGAGAAACCGACUGCAGCAGGAGUUCAAAGUCCGUGAAGAGACCAGGGGGCGCUCUCUGCAGGAGUGGGUUUGCUACGUCACCUUCAUCUGUAACAUCUUCGACUACCUCAAAGUGAACAACAUGCCGAUGGUAGCCUUGGUCAAUCCUGUGUACGACUGUCUGAUGAGAUUGGCCAAACCUGAUGCUUUAUUAAAUGAGGAGGAGGUGGACUGUCUGGUGCUGCAGCUGCAUCGCAUUGGUGAACAGCUGGAGAUGAUGAACAGCCAGCGCAUGGACGAUCUCUUCUUCCUGCUGCGUGAUGGCUUCCUGCUCCAGGAGGGCCUCACUUCCAUGGCUCGUCUGCUGCUGCUGGAGAUCCUGGAGUUCAGGGCUGGCGGCUGGAUACUAAGUACCACCGCCCACAAGUACUACUACAGUGAAAUUGCGGACUAAGACAGACAGCUUGAUGGUGGCGAGAACCUCUGUUUGCAGUUGUGUUAAAAGUGCCACUGAGUUUAAAACCAGCAAAUACCUGAAAGACAGACAGAUACUGAUGUCUGUCACCAGUCGUCAGUGGAGUUUUCGUACAAAGACUAACAUUUUGCUGGAAUCUUACAUGACUUUGAUGAUAUUACUGAGACGUGCCGUGGAUGUGGGAUGUGCAAUAGUUCAAUAGUUAACGAGGUUUUGCCACAUUCAGGUACAAACAGGAUUGUUUUGAAGUUGUAAAAGUAGCGUGUGGUUUUAUUUUAAUUUUUUGACAUUCCUGUUCAUUUCUGACAUUCAUUAUCACAUAAUGUAAAGAGAAUUUAAAGAGACAUUCCAGUCAGAUAGAAGCUGACAUGGUCUUUGCUUUAACUUUUUAUUUUGUGACCAAUGAUUAUUUGAUACAAUAUUUUUAUUGAGUGAAUUUUAGGUGUAUAAUUUGUGCCAUUUAAAUGGCAGUUCUGCAGUUUUUCAACUCUCCCUGGAGCAUUUUAUCACUUUGCUACACAUCUGAAUUCAGGGAUCUUUAGUUUUUCUUUCAACUUAAGUCAUUAUUAACUUAUUAUUUUAAAAUAGCACAUGAUUCAUUCAUAACAUAAACUAAUAAGUGUGCUCUCAUCAGCUGCAGUAAAACCCAGAAACAAACCAUUUAAAAAAUAUACAAUUAUAUUAAUGUUUCUGUCUAAACUCAUAACUGUAUUUACCAUUCCCUCCCCUAUAGGUGGUGCUAUGAACAAAGUCUGAAUUUGUUGCUGCCACAUUAUUGCUUUAAUAUAAAUCUAAUUCUAUAAGUGUGCUCCUUCAACUGAGUGAAAACCAAAUGUAAGUGUUAUUUACACCAAAACUACAAAAAUGCUUGAUUUAAAAUACAUUACUUAAUUGAUCCCAGUCCUCCCAGUACACUUCUUCAAGUUCUAAUGGUAGCUGGUAUUCUUUUUGGUGGCCCAAUAAAAAUGACACAACUGAGAAUUAAUUUAACUGUAAUGUUUUUGCCUGCAUUUAAAAGUUUGAGACUGAAGUCACAGUACAACAGUGUUUCCUGGUUUUACAGCCUUGGUUGAUGGGAGCAGACUCUUCAGUUGUAGUUGAGGUGCUAAAGCAGCAGCUAUUUUUCUUCGUUUACAUUUAAACAGGUCAUGAGUAGAAAGAUGAUUCAGAUUCCACCAGCACUUGUGACACAAAUGUAGCCAUUACUUUGAACUCUUGACAUCCUUUCAAUUCAAUGUCCUCACCAACGACAGAGAUCCUCAACCAAAGCUGUGCCUUGACAUCAGACACAAGCGAAAGACAUGCAACAUAUUAGAAAAGGAGUGGGGAGUUUAAUGUAAAUAAGAGAAGCUUAGUACAUAUUGUAUUUUUUAGAGCAGUCAAACAAUCAAAAAACAACAACAAAACAAUCAAGUUCUUACAGUAGGAGAACAGUAGGGAAACAUUGACCAACAUGAUUGUGUUUAGACUUGGUGUGUAUUAAACCAUUUCCACUUAAAGGUUGAAAUUAGAUUUUGACCACAACUGACCAAAGGAGAAGUUAAGUGUGAUGGUUGUUGACAAUUUGAAGUCUUAAUGACAGGAAACAGUAAUGACUGCAACAUACAACAGGAUCCUUCUUUUUAUUACUUAGUUGGAACAUUGUUAUAUCAUUAAUUUCCUUUAUUUGUGGUUGUUUUUACAUUGAAUGCAAAUACGUGUUGUAAUAAAUCUCUGGAACUUGA